AUGGGAUCCCACAAUGAAGGAAAAGCCCCGCAUGCCAACCAAACUGGGAGUAUCCGAGAAUUCUUGCAAAGACUCCCUUUAAGUCAAGUUAAGCAAGAACCAGACGAGGGUCUUCUUCAGCGCUGGGAAGUCCAGUGGCAGGAAUUCCUGAAGACGAUGGAGUCCCCUCAUUCAGACUGGGGGUGUCUACCGUUACCAGAAGAGCCCUCCCACUGGGAUGAUGCCAAGGGGUUUCUGGCCUCCUUCGAGCAAGUGGCCAAAGCUUGCCGAUGGCCCAGGGAAGAGUGGGCUACCCGACUCCUGCCAGCGUUGAGCGGAGAGGCUGAGCAGGCAUUUGAGAGGCUGCCAGCCCAAGACAGAGAGGAUUAUGGGAAGGUGAAGGCAGCUGUCUUGAAGGGGGACUCCAGACGUCGGGAGAAGCUGCGCCAGCACUUCCGGCAUUUCUGCUACCAGGAGGCCGAGGGGCCGAGAGGGACUUACCGCAGGCUUCAGGAGCUUUGCAGUCAGUGGCUGAGAGUCGACAGCCGCACCAAGGAGCAGAUCCUGGAGCUGCUGGUCCUGGAGCAGUUCCUGACUGUCCUGCCCCUGGAGGUCCAGAACUGGGUAAAGGAGCAGGGCCCGGAGAGCAGCGCCCAAGCCGUGACCUUGGCUGAGGAGUUCCUGCAGAUGCAGCGAGAGGCCGAGAGGCAGGAAAAACAGGAGCAGCCAACCUUUGAAUACCUGAGCCAGAAGGCGACAUUUGGUCCUCUGUAG